AUGGCAUGGUGCCCACCUCAGGGCCGUAGACUCUUCACAGAGCCCCUCAACCAUCCUCCAGGAGCCCCUAGGGAGCCUGACAUUGGUGGAUGUGCCAUGUUCCCUGCACCUGGAGAGGAGACAAGCAGGCCAGUGCAGGCCCAGGUAUUUUCGGAUGCUCCUGGCCAUGUCCAGGGUGGGCUGAGGGUCACGGAGCACAUCACCAGCCCCCCACGAACAUCAACAGUCUCGUCUCAUGAGGACCCAGCUGGGGACAAACACCAUGAGCACCCCAUCUCUAGUCUGGAGGUACUGGAGGCUGAGCAGGACAGCCUCCACCUUUGCCUGUUGGGACUGGGCCUCCGUCUGCAGGAUCUGGAGCCAGGCCUUGGGCCCUGGACACUGGCCCAGAAUAGGAUGGUCCAGCUGCAGAAACUACAGGCAGAGCUCCGAGGUGCAGCUGAGCGUGUGGACGCCCUUCUGGCAUUUGGUGAGGGGCUGGCCCAGAGGACUGAGCCCAGGGCCUGGACAUCACUGCAACGGAUUCUGAGGGCCCUGGGAGCUCACCGUGACACCAUCUUCCGACGCCUCUGGCAGCUGCAGGCCCAGCUAAUCAGCUAUAGCCUGGUAUUGGAGAAAACCAGCACACUGGACCAGAACUUGGAGGUGGAGGGGGACUCAGAUGAGCCAGCACCUGGUGGGGCCUGGAGGCCCUGGACACCCAGUAACCUUCCUACUCCUGUGGAGCUGGAAUGGGACCCAGCUGGAGAUGUUGGAGGUCUCGGGCCUUCAGGGCAAAAAACAGCCCCGACACCAAGGGCUCCCUGUGAGCUUUGUGGCCACAGGGGUCCCCAAGGUAGCGGACAAGGCUUUGAGCCAGGUUGCAAAAGCCAUAUCUCUUCUCUCUCACAGGACAUUCGGGCACUGGGGCUCAGCCACCAAAAACACUUAGCAGGUCACCAAAGACACUCUCUACUCCACAAGCCUCAGGACAGGAAGAGGCGAGCCCCUCCCAGCAUGCGGGAUGUGAUGCUGGAGGUGGAACCUGGGGUCCCUGUUCCUGCUUCCAGGUGGCCUCUGACCUUGCUCCUUUUCCUCUUUUUUCUGGUGGGUACUAUGUUGCUCUUGCCCAUGUCUGGGGGAUCCUGCUGCUCUCAUGCUCCACUGGCCAGGACUCCCUACCUGGUGCUAAGCUAUGUCAAUGGUCUCCCUCCAGUCUGA